AUGGGUGAACUGAUCUCCGCGGCGAUAAUCUCGCAGGUCGCGCGCGUCGCCACCGACUUCGGCACGGCGGUCAGCAAGACGGGCAUCAUGGGCAUCGCGCUCGCACAGCAAGGCCUCGACAUCGACGUCCUCGGGCGCCUGGUGGGCGCCCUCUCCCUCCGCCCCCGCGAGCCGUUCGCCGACGCACUAACCCACGCCGCGCCGCUGCACGGGCGCUUCGCGUCGAGCUUCCUCGCCCAAAUUCUCCCCGAGUCCGUGCCGACGAUUCAGCUCAAGCUCGCCGAGAGCGAGCGCGGCCGCGCCCUGCUCCUCCUCGUAAGCGCGCUCGCAUGCGCCGCGCCGCCAAAGCACGUGCUCUCGCUCCUGCGCGAGCUCAUCGCGCUCACGCACGCGCUCAAGCGCGUCGCCGACCUCCCCGAGGCAUAUCUGCACGCGUGCGCGCACGCGCCCACCAUGUGUCUGGUCGAAGACGACGUCGCCUGCCACGUGGACUGGUACACGGCCGUGCUGGAAUGCAGCGGCGGCGGCGGUGGCGCGCGGCGCGCGAGCGCGCGCGACCUCGCGGCGGCGCUCAUCGCCUUUGGCCGCGCGCAAGCGCACGCACACACAUACGUGCGCAUCCGCAACCUCACGGGCCUGGAGGCGCUGCUCGCGGCGCUCACCGCGCUCUUCGGCGCCCAAGUGCGCGUCGGCGCAUACAUGCCGCGCGGCGCGGGGCCCACCCGCAUCGUGUGCGAGUUCGGCGACGGCCCGCCGUCCGUCGCCGUCGUGCGCGCCGGCGCGCCGCCGCUCGAGUACGUGAGCGCCGGCGAGGCGCCGCGCCCCACCCUCUCGGUCGGACAGGUGCGCGCGCGCGCGCGCGCCCGCCUCGCCCGUGCGGCCGUGCCAUGGGCGGUGCUCGCGGGUGCGGGCGCGUACGCUGCGCGCGCCGUCGCCCCGGACUUGGCUGUCCGCGCAGAGAUCCUCGCUGCGAACGAGGCGAGCAGCAAGUUGGAGAUGAUCGCGCGCGACUGGGUCGCCGAGUUCGCGCGCGCAAUCGACAUCCCGCCCCUCUCGCAGAGCCCGGCAGUCGAGGGCGGCGGGGACGACGCGUCCGCCCCGCCACCCUCCAUCCAUUUCUUCAUCAACGCCGCAGCGGAAAGCAAGGUCGCGCUCAAGACCUACGUCGCGAAGCUCGGCCCCGUCGGCGCCCAAGCGCAGGCGCUGUGGGACGAACCGGGCGUGCCCGAUGCGCUGCGCGAGCUGUGGCUCACCUCCCUCCUCUCCGCGGUGUACGGGAGCCCCGCGUCGGGGCUCGAAGUGCGCGCGCGCGCCGUCGAGCGGUGGAAGAUCCCCUCCGGCGUCAACAGCAUCCUCUCCGUGCUCGAGGUGGUGCCGGCGUACGACGGCGUCGAGGCCGGCGUGCAGGGACGCACGCGCGCAGCCGCGGCCGUCCAGGCCGGCGCGUACGUCCUCCUCCCCCGCUUCUUGGCCGAGGAGAGCGUCGGCGCGCCCGACGACAGCCUCCUCCUCAUGCUCCCCGGCGUGUUCCGUCUCGACGGCGUGGCCGUCGACGGCUUUUUCCCAGAAGACGUGGAGGCGGAGGAGGCGUCUGGCCUCGAGCUGUCGGACCUCCGCGACGUGGAGCCGCCCGCGGACGCCAGCGCCUCCGCCGACUUCCAGUACCACUAUGCCGAGGCCGAGCGGGGGUACGCCCUCCGCGUCCUUGCGGCGGGGUAUCCUAUGCCGCUCAACGCAGCGAUCAACGGCGUGCUCAGAGUACGCAGGCUGCGCGCGUUUCACGAGACGGGCGAGCAUGGCUCAUGGCUAAAGGCUGCACCGCAUCAGGCUGUCGCGGGCACGUACAUGUCGUGGUUCCAGAAACGGGUGUAUCUCUGCCAUGAUAAUCAUGCCGGCCGCCUGCUGGCGUUCUCGCGGGUGGGCGAGCGGCGCGAGCAUAUCAAAGCGGUCUUCUUCGAAGGCGAUGACUAUCGCCAGGCAUUGGCAUAUGCAGACCGCCACCAGUGCAAAGUGGUCAUCGUGUAAAGGGCUGUGGAGCAAGCCGCGCGCUUGAGAUUGCAAAGGCGCUGCCUGUGGCUGGUGCAUACCAAACCCUUCAAGCGUCAUCGACAAACCAGCGGUUGUCGGUGAGGCCAGUCAUGAUUGCAAGGUCCAAGUCCCAGAGGUAGCAUAUGUAUCCCGAGUUUCAGAAUACACCCCACAAUGCCACUGUAUCUCAAG